UUGGGGUGUGGCCAAAAAUAAAUAAAGAAAGAUUGACAGCGGCAAACGGUGAUAAGGAUAUGGAGUAAAAAGGGGGCUCUCUUACCCUGCUGGCAGUAAUGAAAAAUGGUAUGACCACUAUAGACAAUAGGUUUGGAAUUUCUUAUAAAUUAAACAUAUAUAUAUACAUAACAACCAGCAAUUCUUCUCCUAGAAAUUUAACCAAGAGGAAUGAAAACAUGUGUAAAAGAAGACUUGUCCAUGAAUGUACAUUACUGCUUAAUUCACAAUUGUCUCAAACAGGAGAUAACCUCAAAGUCCAUUACCAAGUGAUUGGGUGAACAAAUUUCAGUAUAUCUAAUCAAUGGAAUACUACUUAGCAAGAAAAAAGUACCAGGGCACAGGUGAAACUCACAAAUAUACUGAGCAAAAAAGCUAGACACAAGAGUAAAUGCCCUUCUGCUGCUGCUGCUGCUGCUAAUGUAGUGUGACAAAACAGAUCAGCAGUUAGUUGCCUGGAGUGGGAGGUGCUGGGGGGAUUAAUUGCAGAGGAAAAAAAGGGAACUUUAGGGGGUGAUGGAAAUGUUCUGUGUCUUGAUUAAGGUUAUAGUUACAUAAGAAUAUAAGUUUGUCAAAAUCAUAAAAGUGUACACCUAAAAUUUUAUUAUAUAUAGAUUAUACCUCAAUGAAGUUGAUUUUUAAAGUCUAAAGAGGGAGAGGUUGAAUAUACAAGAGAACGUACAUGGUCAUGUGGGGCUCCUGGGCAGUGGCAAGACGGAGGGUGUGGACCCAUGUGGAUCAGGAGGGAAAGAGGUGAGCAAAGUGCAAAUGCAGGUGAAUUUUUGUGGGGACUUGAGGCUGGUCCAGGUUGAAGGCUCCUGUUCUCUCUAUGAAGAAGGGAAAGCCUCAGCCUCCUGAGAAUGAGAUGGACAAUUUCCGAGGCAAGAAAAGAUCUGAAGUAGAGGUAGAAAAUGGAAAAGCCAGGAGAAGAGAAACAGGGUAGAGGUUCUGGGCAUUGGGGAGGGACCCAUCGAAGCUUGUGAUUAUGAAUCUCUGGUGGCCCCCAGCUGUCCGUCUACGUGAUUUUUUAUUUUUUCAACAGUGAUCAGCGGCUGGCAUGUAGGCAUAAAGAAAGCAAUAUACAUGGGCUCAUCCAGGGUUGGGUUUUUGUCAGAUGGUUAGAAGGAAAGGGCCUGAGACAGAAGUAAGAGAGAAACUAAGAUGGACCGUGGGCUACAAAGUUGACAGGGGGAAAUGAAGACGGAAGGUGCCACAGGGAGGGAGGAAAUGGAAGGAAGGAAGGAAGGACUGGAUACACACCAGUGUCCAUCAAGAGGGGACAGGAGGUCCUGCUGAGGUGACUGAGUGAGCAUACUGGAAAAAAGAGACUGCGGACAGAGAGAAAUAGAUCAGUUAGCUGUUUUAUUUAUUUAUUCAAUAUUUUCAAAAAUUUCUUUAUGUAUUUAUCUACUUGGCUGGGUCAGGUCUUAGUUGUGGCAUGUGUGAUCAUUUUUUACUUGGAGUAUGUGACCUCUUAGUUGCUGCAUAUGGGAUCUAGUUCCCUGUUCAGGGAUUGAACCCAGGACCCCUGUAAUGGGAGAAUGGAUUUUAGCCACUGGACCUCAAUUAGCUAUUUUAGAAGUGAAGCAACACGUGAGGUAGGUGUUACUAUGGGAAAAUGAAAUACUGUACCCAAAUCCAUACAGCAAGAUAAUGAUGAUGGAGCUGGGGUUUUCACCCACGUUUUCCUGCCUCUCAUUUGAGCACCCCCAAUAUGAUGAAGACCUUGAGCUCAGGAUCCCAAGUCAAGCUGUGAACCCCAACAUUGUAAUAAGAAAUGGGGCUAAUCCCCAAAAAGCCAGAUGGUAGCCUACUGUGUAGGACAGCUAAGAUGUAAGAUCGUUCUGCAUUCUGAGACCAGAACGCAGAUUUGGGCAGGAGAUUGCGUUUUGUGAGGCAAAGGAGACCCAUGGACCAGUGGAAGGAGCAGGCAGAGUGCCUCUGCCCCACAGGCCUGGAGGCAGACCUAUGUUUCCCUGUUCCUCUUAGCAGUCACCAUCUGUAAUAAUAUCUUUUAAAAAAUACAUUUAUUUAGUUAUUAUUUAUUUGGCUGUGCUGAGUCUUAGUUAUGGCAUGUAGGCACUGGUUCCCUGAACUGGGAUUGAACUCAGACACCUUGCAUUGGGAAUGUGGCAUCUUCACCAAUGGACCACCAGGAAAGUCCCUGAAUAGUAUAUCUUUAAUGUUAUCUAAUUGAUGCCCAUCUCCUCCAUUGGGCCACAAUUCCAUGGGCUCAGGGAUGAUGUCUCUUUGCUCAUUUCUAUAUCACUGGAGUCUAGCACAGAGCUCAGUAUACAGUAGGCACUCAAAAAAUAUACAUUAGAUAAUGGAGAGAUCGUGGGUUGUCAUUCUAACUCCUCUUUGUACCAACUGGGAGACUCCGGGCAAGUAACUUCUUCCUUCGCCUCGAUUUCCUCAUCCUAAAUUUUGAUUUAAAUGUGGCAAUGCCUGUAUGCAACUCUCAGCAUCCAGUAGGUGCUCAAUAAAUACACUCCCCCCAGCUUCCUCCUUUUCUCCUCUACCCCUCCCUCCGGCUUCUUGCCACACCCAUUGUUUGGAGCCAUAAAACCCAACCCAGGUUGGACUCUCACCUCCUCAUCCUGUCCUGGUCAUUCCUUUCCCUUAAGUUGGGGGUAAAGGGGCUGGUAUCCCCCAUAUUCUGGCUCCAAGAGCCUCCCAACCCCAAAGGGCAAGACUGGGGCCCUAGUGGACCUCUGGUCUGGCCAGGUUGUCGUUGCCAUGGCAACAAUGACAGUCCCCAGCCGCAGGUUCCCUAAGUGACUGGUUACUCUUUAACGUAUCCACCCACCUUGGGUGAUUAGAAGAAUCAAUAAGAUAACCGGGCGGUGGCAGCUGGCUGCACUCACUGCCUUCCUGGUGGACUGGCUCCCGCGGCUGCUGCUGUGUGCCUGGGGCCCCGGCUCCUCCAUGCCCCCGGGUCUCCGGCUGGGUGGGCUCCGCCAUGGUCAGCGUGAACGCGCCCCUCGGGGCUCCGGUGGAGAGUGCCUAUGACACAUCCCCAUCAGAGGGUGCCAACCUCAACGCACCCAACAGCCUGGGUGUCAGCGCCCUGUGCGCCAUCUGCGGGGACCGGGCCACGGGCAAACACUACGGUGCCUCGAGCUGUGACGGCUGCAAGGGCUUUUUCCGGAGAAGUGUGAGGAAGAACCACAUGUACUCCUGCAGGUUUAGCCGGCAGUGCGUGGUGGACAAAGACAAGAGGAACCAGUGCCGCUACUGCAGGCUCAAGAAGUGCUUCCGGGCUGGCAUGAAGAAGGAAGCUGUACAGAAUGAACGGGACCGGAUCAGCACUCGCCGGUCCAGCUACGAGGACAGCAGCCUGCCCUCCAUCAACGCGCUCCUGCAGGCUGAGGUCCUGUCCCAGCAGAUCACCUCCCCUGUCUCCGGAAUCAACGGCGACAUUCGGGCAAAGAAGAUCGCCAGCAUCGCGGAUGUGUGUGAGUCCAUGAAAGAGCAGCUGCUGGUGCUGGUCGAGUGGGCCAAGUACAUCCCAGCCUUCUGUGAGCUCCCCCUGGAUGACCAGGUGGCCCUGCUCAGAGCCCACGCUGGCGAGCACCUGCUUCUCGGAGCCACCAAGCGCUCCAUGGUGUUCAAGGAUGUUCUGCUUCUAGGCAAUGACUACAUCGUCCCUCGGCACUGCCCGGAGCUGGCAGAGAUGAGUCGAGUGUCCGUGCGCAUCCUUGAUGAGUUGGUGCUGCCCUUUCAAGAGCUGCAGAUUGAUGACAACGAGUAUGCCUGCCUCAAAGCCAUCAUCUUCUUUGACCCAGAUGCCAAGGGGCUGAGUGACCCAGGCAAGAUCAAGAGGCUGCGUUCCCAGGUGCAGGUAAGCCUGGAAGACUACAUCAACGACCGCCAGUACGACUCACGUGGCCGCUUCGGCGAGCUGCUGCUGCUGCUGCCCACCCUGCAGAGCAUCACCUGGCAGAUGAUCGAGCAGAUCCAGUUCAUCAAGCUCUUCGGCAUGGCCAAGAUCGACAACCUGCUGCAGGAGAUGCUGCUGGGAGGGUCCUCCAGUGAAACACCUCAUGCCCACCACCCCCUGCACCCUCACCUGAUGCCGGAACACAUGGGCACCAACGUCAUUGUUGCCAACACGAUGCCUGCUCACCUCAGCAACGGACAGAUGUGUGAGUGGCCCCGGCCCAGGGGGCAGGCAGCUACCCCUGAGACUCCACAGCCUUCACCGCCUGGUGGUUCAGGGUCCGAGCCCUACAAGCUUCUGCCCGGAGCUAUUGCCACCAUCGUCAAGCCCCCCUCCGCCAUCCCGCAGCCGACCAUCACCAAGCAAGAAGUCAUCUAGCAAGUCACUGGGGGGCGGGGGUCUGCUGAUCCCCCAGCCCCCUCCGAGAGCCCCCUGAUGGUCACUUGGUCACAGUGAAGCAAGCUGUGACCACGGGCCAGUCCCAGAGCAGUGAUGGGAAGGGCGAGGGCCCUUGAACUCGGGCUGUGGGUUGCAUCCCACUGCCCCCCUUCACCACUUGCUCUGGAUAAUGGGGCUGUGACUUGGGGAGACUCCAGCUGGAAAAUCCUCUGCUGCUUGGACAGCUUUUCUCCUGCUGAAACCACUGCCUUCCCCUCAUCCUUUGCCUCACUUCUUCACCCCCAAAUGGCUGCCGCCUGGAGACGACACGAGACCUUGCUGAAGCACGGCUCCCUCCCCGCUCAGAUUGGUGUAAUGUUGGACACAGAGCCCUUCUGGGCUGGGUCACAUGGCGGCACCUCCCACAUCCCUGUUUUGCUGCCGCAGCCACCACUGUCCCCCUUCCUUAGUCAUCCUCGUUUCUCCAAAGCCACCUCUCCAGAGGCUGAGGAUGACGUGCAAACAACACCCCCGGUCAUCCCAGGAGCGUUUGAAAAGCACUGACUGGAGCUCGGUGCAGUGUGGGAGACUCUCGAGUAGGUGGAUGCCAUUUCUCCUCUAACCCCUGGCUCUUCCCUUCUUCUGGGACUUGGGAGGGUCCUUUGGGUCAGAGUGAUGGUCCCUAUAGGCUGCUGAACAUGAAAGAACAAUCCAGGGUGGACACUGCAGCCAGGACCAAGGGGGAGGCUGGGAGGGGUCAGAGAAGGCAGGAAGGGGCAGACCAUCCAUUAGGCCUUUAAGGAAGGGCUGGAUUCUGGCUGGUGGAACAGGUGAGCCAGAACAUUCUAAGAGCAGACCAGGCGGGGAGGUCAGAAGGAGGCCAUGGAAGGAGAUGAUGAAAGAGGGGGCUCUCUGGAGGAGUGGGGGUGCACUGGACAGCCUGGGGAUCUUGAAUGCCAGACGGAGGCAUAGUGACUUGGGUCCCCAGGCUGUGAGUAGCUGGAGAGGGAUGUGCAGGGAGCCGAGCUUUCAGAAACUGGAAGAUCACAGUCCUCCAGAGGUCAGAAGUUUGGGAGAGAGCAGGAAUAUCAGAUGGGGCCUGAUCAAGUCAUCCAGGUGAGGGAGAUGAAGAUGGGGAUGGAGAAGACAGAUGGGUGAACCUCAGGUGAGAGCGGCAGCGAGGAGGAAUUAUCCCACCGGGCCUGUCUCAAGCGCUUCCUCCUGGUGCUGUCUUAAGGCAUUUGACCUGCCCCAUCUCCUUUCAUCCUCCUUAUUACCCAGAAAUCGCUACUGAAGAAGGAAUUGAGAUCUCAGUGGUUAAAUCAUUUUUAUGGAACUCACACAGCUAGUAAGUGACCCAGACUUGAUCCCAGAUCUGCCAGGCUCAGGCACACUUAGCCUCAGUGGUUGAACAUCUCUGAAAAGGCCCCUUCUGUCCUCACUGGGAUUGAGUUGAGGACCUUCCUGCCUGCUUCAGCAGCCUUGGAAGCCUCAUUCUCCCCAGAAGCCCUGCCCACUCCCAGGGACUAAGUUUGGCCUGAGGCUGCAUUAAAGUCCACUUUGGGUCCAGAAUCCUGUUUGCUGAUAAACAUGGAGAAGUCAUGGUUCCUAGACCCCUUUUCUGUCUCUUCAGUCCCUAAGUGUGGGGAAGGGGCAUUCAGCAGUCCAUUGUGAGAUGGACCAAUGUGACCUGGCAUUCCAGAAAUGGGAUGAUGUGAGUGGGGGUGGGGGAGAGGUAAGAGGAACUGGGUUUGAGACCCGCUCUGUGGAGCAUCACUCAGGGUACCUUCUGAAAUCAUUAAACCCCAAAAUCAAGCAGCCAGUACUCAUCCAUGCAGAAUUUUAGAGGCUUUGUGAAAAUUCUGGAAAGUGCCACUGCCUAGUGGGAAUUAAAGGGAUGUGUCCUGGAACUGGAGCUUAGGGAGGAGAGUGAACGGUCAGACUGACUACCUACCCCCCACGCAGGUUUCUGAGUGGAUGCAGGCAGCACCCCAGUGCCCCCCAGAUUCUACCAUUAGGGACUGCUUUUUGUGAGAGAGGCAGGAAGGGUAUUGGGACGGGAUGUCCGAGAACAAUCACCACACUUGCAGUGCUGUCAGAGCUGGGGUUUCCACUUCCACCAAGCCAAGUCCUCCGUCCCAGGAAAGGUUGUCCCCUGCUCAGGGCAGCCCAGUCUCCCUCAGCCACCCCUCAUUCCUGGGGCGUUCCCCCAGAAACCCCAGCCAGGGUAAUCAAAUGGGUCUGGGACAAGGUGGGGAAGCUGGAAUCAUUUCUGGUCAUUGUCAUCCCCUCUUUGCCACCCCGACCCCCUCGCCCUGCCUCACUAUUGCCCAGACUUCUGCCAUGGGAACAAAGCUGAGAUAAGUUCCCAUAGGGUGGGGUGGGGUAGCUGUGAUUUUUAACGGUAGCCAAUCUUCUGGGCCAGGGGCCAAUUCUUGGCCCCAAAUCAACCUCCCUGGAGGAGAAAUCCAUGCCACUUUAAUAAUUUUAUUGCCACACAGGAAACACAAAACAAAGAGAAUUUACUUUUCUAAAAGACUUUAAACUGAGGCCACCACAUUGGAAAAAUCUUUAUUUUCACUACCUGAGUCGUGAUCCUAAAACAUACGAUUUCAUGGACUCAAAGAGGGUUAGAGGGCAAGCACGGGCCCUGUAAUUCCUCCACUGAGACAACCUCUUCUCUGGGCAGCUCUCAGUAGCUUCCGGAACCCACACGGCUCUCCUGAGGGUGGACAAACGGGAGCAGAGCCUUGGAAGUGGACGCUCCUCAAUUUUUUGUGAUGACCAAGCCAAUUACUUUUGCCAAAUUGCUCCGUGAUUUGCCUUGAUUGUGAUGAAGUUAGAAAUUCACAUUGAGCAGUUCUGAAAGUGGGCUGGUGUCCCGCCAGACUGAUCAACAUCUUUCCGUGGCGGAUGUCAUCGGGUCCUGUGCUGUCCCCGGAGCCCCUGUCACUGCCACCCAACGGGGCAAAGAAGCAAAAAAGAUUUCUUACUCUUGUGCGUUUUAACAAAAGUUUAUAAAAAGAAAUAAAUGGCGCCUAUGUUUUCUAA